AGUGCCAAGGGAGGGAUGAGCUUCAAAGUUCGAGGCUGGGGCUCCUUCCAGGGGAUUUAAAGCUGCAAUUUUGGAGGAGGGGGGCCCGCCCUCGCAGCCUGCAUUCGCAACCUCCUGGCACUCCCCCUCUGCUUUCUUUCCCCCUCCCCUCUUUCUCCCCCCCCACCAGGUUUUAUAUAUAAAAAGCCUUUCUAUUAUUCCCCCCCCCUCCCCGAUUUGGGCUCUGAUCUCUCUUACUUUAUUUGACCCCCCCACCCCAUGCCAGCCAUGAUCGAGAAGGGCGCAGAGGUCUCGGGGAAAAGGCGAGGCAGGAACAAUAAUGCCAGCAGCGCGGCUGGCGCUUCCAGCAACGCCUCUGCCGCCGCCGGGGCUGCCCACAGUAACAAUGGGAAUCCGAAAAGUUUGGCGGCGGCGGCGGCGGCAGCAGCGCCUAAUGGGAAUAGCAGCAGCAACAACUCUUGGGAAGAAGGCAGUUCGGGGUCGUCCAGCGAUGAAGAGCACGGAGGAGGCGGCAUGAGAGUGGGAGCCCAGUAUCAAGCAGUCGUGCCCGACUUUGAUCCUGCUAAAUUUGCAAAGCGAUCUCAGGAGAGAGAAAAUCUUGGUAUGCUCGUCUGGUCACCGAAUCAGAAUAUAUCCGAGGCAAAGUUGGAUGAAUACAUCGCCAUUGCUAAGGAGAAGCACGGCUACAACAUGGAGCAGGCCCUGGGGAUGCUCUUCUGGCAUAAGCAUAACAUUGAGAAAUCUCUGGCAGAUCUGCCUAACUUUACCCCUUUCCCAGAUGAAUGGACAGUGGAAGACAAGGUCUUGUUUGAACAGGCUUUCAGUUUCCAUGGGAAAACGUUCCACCGGAUUCAACAGAUGCUUCCAGACAAGUCGAUAGCGAGCUUGGUGAAGUUCUACUACUCCUGGAAAAAGACAAGAGCUAAAACGAGCGUCAUGGAUCGUCACGCUCGGAAGCAGAAAAGAGAGCGGGAGGAGAGUGAGGAUGAAAUGGAAGAAGCAAAUGGAACUGCCCCUAUAGAUAUUGAGGUUGAACAAAACAAGGAGACCAAAAAAGAGGUUUCUACCUUGCAGGCACCACCGGCUGAAACCAUCCCUCAGGUCAAGAAGGAAAAGCACAGUAGUCAAGCUGCGAAGAACAGGGCCAAGAGGAAACCUCCUAAAGGCAUGUUCCUCUCCCAAGAGGACGUGGAGGCAGUUUCCGCCAACGCCACGGCCGCCACCACUUUGCUGAGACAACUGGAUAUGGAAUUGGUCUCCAUCAAGCGACAGAUUCAAAAUAUCAAGCAAACAAACAGCGCUCUGAAAGAGAAACUUGAAGGGGGGAUUGAAGAAUAUAGGUUGCCGGAGGUUCUGCAGAAGUUCAACGCGCGCUGGACCACAGAUGAGCAGCUUCUUGCUGUGCAAGCAAUCAGGAAAUACGGCCGUGACUUUCAGGCAAUCUCCGAUGUGAUCGGGAACAAGUCCGUGGUGCAAGUGAAAAACUUUUUUGUAAACUACCGGCGACGCUUCAACAUAGACGAAGUCCUUCAGGAGUGGGAAGCGGAGCACGGGAAAGAGGAGACGAAUGGAACGAGCAACCAGAAACCUGUAAAGUCACCGGACCCUAGCAUUAAAGUGUCCGAAGAGGAAGAUGAGGCUACUCCUGUCUUGGAUGUCAGAUACGCAUCUGCGUCAUGAAAACUCAGGUAGCCGAGAACAAUUUUUUGUUUUUGUUUUGACUACUGUGUUAUCCGCGAUAUCAGGUAUUAGCAAAACCUCAGAUGGCCAACUGCAUCAUAUCUCUGUGGACAAGCAGCUAUUACCAAAAAAAAAAUAAAAAAGAGCCCAAGAGUGAGAGAGAAAGAGAACAGAUUUGAAACGAAAGGCAAACGCCUCCCCACACAGGCCCUGCGGCCCUGCAUUAUAUUGGCCUUAAUUUUCUCCUUGCUCCUCCGCACUGCCUCCAUUUUACGCUUCUACGUCUUCUGGGACGGGUUUCUCCGUUUUCGUCGAUAUCCUUCCUCAAGCAUCGGCUUCUCCUGGAACCAUCCACGCCUGGCGAACGGGCCUUGUUCAGGAAACCCUCCUCUUCCUUUGCCACCUCUCCACGCCAAGUUGUUAACCUACUUACAGCGGGUGUGUCCAACAGCUACUCCUCAAGAGGACGUUAGUAUGUUUAUGGCCUUGUGUGGUUUCUGCUUAUUUUCUAAUGUAAUCAUUAUUUCUAAGACAACCCUCUUUUUGAUCAAUGAAUUCCCAGUCCAGAAAAGCGCUGUGUGAGUGCCCAGUGGUAUGGCAGGGUCUCAAAUCGGGGUGGGAAGGGAAAAAUAUGGUUGGGGAUGAGAUUCUCGAGCUGUUGCUCGUUUUGAUUUCUGUCACGCCCAGUUCUUUUCUCGUGGCUGUCUUCUGCUACUUUUGGAAAGCUCACCCAACAGGUUGUGAUUUUUUUUUUAAUGGUGGUUAUGAUUCUUGUAAUGACUUCUUAUUUAGUGCAAAAAGGAAUGUGUAGCCUAUAAUCUGCUUUGAAGUAAUCUGCACGCAGACCCCCCCAAAGUACACUCAGCGUACUUGCAAUGUAUUCUCGGGAUGCCAACACGGUUGACCAGAACAUCAAAUAGUUAAAAAAAUCAGCUUUCUCUAUCUCUCUCUUUUUUUUUAAAGAACACCAUGUAUGCCUCUGCUGCUUCUUAUUCUUUUUUUAAUAUGCAGGGGUCAUUCCCUGUUCAAGUGAAUAGUGGCUGCAUAGGUUCUCUGUUUGGGUAGAUUGCUUGCCUCAGUGGGAGUUCAGCCAUGACACCAUAGCACACAUUUUAAAGAGGGAUUUUUCGUCUUUCUCAUGGGACCGCCCAGAGGAGGAGCCAAAGCCUCCAGCCCUACUUUUAUCCACCAAUACCAAGAACUUUUUCUUAAUGUUCUUUCAGCAAUGUACAGACAGAGUUGGGAACACCCCAGCGCUGAGGGAAUGUCGGCGGCCUAGUCCCUUGGGAAAGACUGCCAGGGCUACAUAGUCGCUGCCCUUUCUAGGCACUGGGUUAACGCUGUGGGAAAAGUCAGUGACUUCUCCCAUGCGACAUCGCACGCCGCACCUCGGCCUCAUGGGAGAUUCCUUCAUCACUUGCGUAGCAUCCAAAGGGUCCCCCUCAUUUGAGGCAGUAUUCUUAAAUAUUUUCAUCAGUCACCUUGCAUUCACAAUGUAAAUUAAGCUAAGAUUUUAUACAUAUAUUUUUUAAACUUGACAGAUCUGGUUGUUUUAAGCAUGGCAAAUCAAAGGGAAAUAAAUCUGAAUGUCUCCCAAAACCUCAAUGUCAGGGAGCUUCUUUAGAUACUGAAGCGAAAUACAAGGUUAAUGUGUAGCUUAAUAAACAAACCCUUUUUCUCCCCAUCAUAAAGGGCCCAAUCCUCAGUGUUCUCUAUCAUGUCCUCUGGGCUAACUGCACCAUCUCAGCUUGCAGUCCCCCUAAUUAAAAAUUGCCUUCAGCAACUGGAACUGACCCCCAUCCCCUGCCCCCAACAGACAUACCUGUUCACUAAACGUUUUGCUGAUUAAACUGCUGGUUAAAUUGAUCACCGCUUACAGCAUCCAUUUUAACAACAAGCAACAAAGACGUCAAGGCAGGGGGCCAAGGCUAGUCACAACUCAGUUUCCUGCAGGAAACUAUAUGAUGGUGCCUGUUUGCCUCUGUGGCCACAUGCCGCUGAAGCACAAUAGCUUAUCCCUUGCUGCCUACCUUAGCGUCUUUGCAUAGCAGCGGGAAUACAUUGUUUUACAUAAAUUAAUUAUAAUAGUUAAAAGACCUGCAGUACUAUCCUAAGCAGAAUUAUGGCCUUCUGAGUCCGCUGAUUUCAGUGGAUUUAGGAAGGUGUAACUCUGCUUAGCAUUGCACCAUAAGAUAUCUCUGAAGCUCUCUUUGGGGGACAGGAUUGACGUUCUGCAUAAGAGGGCAGAGCUUGGCUUUCUCAUCCUUUAUUGGUGGACUUGGCAAUUAAUUCAUAGCCAGUUGUUAGUAAGCGUUCCUUAUGAGCUCAUGUUAUCAGUAGCCUGUAGUGAUCCUCCACCAUCUUCAGGAGGCUAACGUAACAGCAACACUCUAGCAUUUGCCCAGCCUCUGUGAUUUAACCAUGCAGUUUUCAUCAAACACUAACAGCCCCAUCCAAAGGGUGGGGACAGUGGAGCAGCAGCAGUGCCGCCACUCUGCCUCCAAAGAGGCAACCGGCAGCACGGGGGCUAGGGGGGAAGGAAUUACUUAUGUCACCUUUUUUGGAGGUGUAAGUCCACACCAUUGAAGGGGGUGGGGUGUUCUUAGAAUGCUCCCCUCCGCACUGAUGCAGACAUUUGUUGCAGCGGCUAGCCACUGCAGGGAUCAGCUUCCAGGUUUGAGUGCUGCAGUGGUCGGCCACUGAAAUAAGUACUUCGGUGCCAGCGUCCAUUCCAGUUUGCACAGUGCUGGUGGCACAGACACCGCUGCUUCCCUUCCACCACUUCCAAUGUGACUUCAGCCCCACCCCCUUUGGAUUGCACAGUAAAACGUUCUCGUGACAUGAUGCUGUCAUUUUCUGGGUUGUGCCAGAGUGCUGACAUGUUGGUAUUGCUCAUGCGCUCCCCCUCCCCCUGCUGGUUUCUCGACACUGGCUACCCUGUCACUACCCCACUUAACCAUUUCCACAUCUUUGCUUAAGGUACGUGGUUCACAAACGGCUCUGCGAGAGCUCUUUACUGGAGCAGUUAAAGGCUAGUAGUACCCAUGUGGCAAGUACCUUUUGAGCGACAUCUGAUUUUGGCUGCAAUCUGACGCAGGAAAAUCUUUAAAUGCCCAGGGUCUUAUCUGAGUCACAGAGAACCAGCAGCCUUUUGAAAAAUAGCACCAACUAGUCUAAUAUGGAAAAGAGAAUAAGGAAGCAGCUAGCAAGCAGAUGAUGAAAUUUCUCGCUGUGUUCCAUAGUUAACUCUUUCAGUGACGCCUCCUGGAGCCUGUGAUAUAUGGUACAGUUUACCAGCUCUAGGAGUUCCGUUUUUAACAUUCCUAGCCCAGGAAUGCUUAAAGCUCUCAAGUGAUGUGAUCAAAAUUUGGCAUAGAUGGCCACAUGGUUGGUGAAAAGGUUUGGGUUGACACCUGGUCACUUUUUAAAACAAACAACCAGUUCCUUUUUUGUUUUUUUGGUCCAGCCGCCGUGCUUUACAGUGUGCAAUUUUAUCAAAUAUUUUAGGUCAUUUUAAACCACUGAAUUAUCAAGGAAUAAAGGUUGACUGGGAUUGGCUGUAAAUAAUCUGCCUCAAAGUAGUGUCGUAGAAAUUCCCCCCUCUUGGGUUUUCUGCCAUUGCUGGACUGUACCACUUCAGAUUGUGGAUGGGGGGGCUGAUUAUUGGAAAGUUUUCAUGUUUUUUUUAAAAGGAAAACAUUUCCAAGUGCAGGAAACUUGUGCAGUGUUACAGACCUGAAAGCGCUAGAUGAACUGGGAAGGAACAGUUUAACAUUUCUUCCCCACCUGCUAUCUCAAGUGGUACAGUCCAGUGAGGAGGCUGCUGUUUGUGUGGCUUGGCUCUGAGUCCAGGUAUAAUAACACUGCAGCCCCUCUCCGAACCAACCAACCAAACAUAUUCCGAAGACGAAUGGUUUUGGGCUCAAUGCCCUGUGGGAGGUCAACACGAAACCCCUUUAAGAGCAGGGGAAACCUUCCCUACUCCCUCCCUUUUUAAAUUAUAGCCAUCUGUGAAACAGAGCAGCAAUGACUUUUUUUACAGUUACUUCAGCUAUGCCUGCAAUCGUUACCUAAUUAAAUGAAAUACGUUUUUGCGAGUUUUUAAAUAAUCAGGUCUUCUGUGUGGAAUUUGCCUCAGUUUUAUUGUUCAAGCAUUAAAUUAAUCGAGGCUGUGCAGUCUGAUGAGAAGGGUCCAUGAAGAUUACGGCCUACUAUGUAAUAUUUGCUUAAAUUUUGUUUCCAACUAUCAAUGUGAAUGUCAUAAUUAUAUAUUUUGUGGAAGAUGGGGAAAUUUUAAAAUUUCCUCCUAAGUAUAAGUUAUUGUGUAUAACAACAGUAUCACUUAGGCAAAAAGUGGUACUUUUAAAAAACUUUUAGUUUUAGAAAUCUUAACAAAUGUAUUGUAUAUGCAUUGAAUUUUACAUUUGUUCUAUUUAAUUUUUAAAUAUAGUUGUGUAACAUGCUAGGCGAUAUUUGUUUUCUUCCCCCCUCAUUUUUUCCUCUACCCGCUUAUACAUUGAAAUACCUUGUUACUUGAAUAUUGUAUCCUAAGUGGUCUGAAACACAGCGAUCAAAACUUCUGUAACCUAGAACCAGGGGAGGAAACAAACAUUGGUUAAGUUUGAACAGGUUCUGUUAAUUUCAUACAAUUAAGCACUAAGACUUCAUUCAGAUGUUACGAUUAACCUGGCAUACUUAAAGGAGAAUGGUGUGGAUCCACCAGAGUGCUUCUGAAAGUGGAAGGGUUUCCACCCAUGGAGUGUGAUAUUCUAAACCCCACCCUUGUGCUGCGGCCUAAAACAACUCCCCGGAUGUUUGUGUACGUGGCAGAACAAGAAAGAGGCACUCUGUGGGCAAAAAUUGUUCCAUGUGCAGAAAUGCUCCAGUAGAUCUAACCAAAAAGUCACACAUUCUGUCCUGUUCAUAAACCCAGUAGGUCUGCUUCUUACCUUCUGUCUGGCUCCCAUCAGUGAGAUUAUUCUCAAUGCUGUCACCCCUACAGCUGGCACACAGCGAGAUACAGCUUUGUGCAGCAAACAUUGGCUUAUGAAUUCAUGUAUUCAUACGAAUUCAUAUAUACAAACCACAACCGGUGCAAACUGAUUUUCAGGACCUGUUUGGCAUGAGCCAGUGUGCUCUUAAUUUAUUGGUCUGUCUACGUUCAGCUAUUACAACUAAACAUCUAGAUAAAAUUAACUGGGGGUUCGUUAAACAAUAGUUUACUGUGCCACCUAAGUACUACCUACAAGUAGUAAUGGGUGCAGCCACAAGGGCUAUUGGGAUACAUCCGUUUUCAGGGAUUUCUGAACAGCUUUUGUGAAAUCUCCCUUUCAGAGAUUAAUGCCUAGCUUGUCUUGCUGGUCAGUAUAUAGUCUACCUGGAUGCCUAAAUUGUCCUCAUCCUAUAUGCCUCCAUGGAAGUUAAAUAUCCCUUCCCUGUACUGGUGCCUAUGUUGGACAAGCAACUCUGAGUGAUGCUGCUACUCAGCAAACUGUGGUUUAAGAAUUCAGACACCUUAGCUUCAAACCUUAGUUUUUAAGUCCUAAGUUAAUACCCAGCAACAAACUCAAGUUUGUUGACCUGUCUGCAUUCAGAGGAGGGGCUCCGGAUCACUGAUAAGAGCAUCUUCUUUGCAUGCAGAAGGUCCCAGUUUCAAACUUGACAUCGCCACUUAAAACAUCAGGUAACUGGUGGUAGAUCUUCCUCUGGAGAGCUGUUGCCAGUCAAACAAAUAGACUAUUGGCUCUGACUCAGUAUAAGACAGGUUUGUGUGUUCAGAAAGCACAACUAACUAGGGUUUGAGUAAGCUAUGGCUUGCAAACCAGGAUUUAUCAUGCUGCCUGAUUGCAGCCUAAUUCUGCCCCUUCUUCUUUGAAUUCUACAACCACAAAUGGCUCACCAGAGAGCUACUAGUAUGUCUGAUGGCUCUCAGCUCAAGUCCCAACUGAUCCUGACUUACUGACGCUUAGUGUCAUGCUGGAAACUGGCAUGAACUCAGUGGAUUUUUUGUUGCUCUCUUUAAACUGCUGCCCCCAGGUCACAUCUCCAAAGUAUCUUUAAAAAUCCCCCUUUGUUUCAAAAGGAGUUUGUCACGUGGCAUUGGUGGAGGAGGGGGGAAAUGCUGUUAUUCUGAGAGAAUGACAUCUAAAGCUAGCUCCCUUGCGCUCAAGAAUCUAGUUCCGUAGGUUGGUUUUUUUUAAAUGGUAAUGCCUUGUUCAAUUAUGAGCCUAAUUACAGAAUGAAAUCCUCCUCCGCCGUACUUCUUUCAUUACUUUUGGUAAGAGAGCCCUUUUUUAAAAGGCGCCGUCCUGGCAAACAAGUAUCUUUCCUAUUUUUGACCUGGCUGGAAGAUGUUUAUUAUCACUUUUGCUGCAUCCUUAUGAGUUCUUUCCCUUCCCUUGACCCCCAAGCUUACUCUGCCCACCAGCUAUGCACUGAUCCAUGCAUGAUCCACUUCCUGCAAAGUAUAAGGAUUUCAUCUACAAAGGAAACCUCAACUAUUUAGCAAAAGGUUCACUCACAAAAUCAUGAAUGAGAUUUUUUGGGAGACUGUCGUUUAAAUUGUCGUAGAGAUGAUCGUACUCCCAAAACGGAUGGCACUAUUUUAACAACAAAUAAAACUGUGAUUUCUGUUAGCCAGUCAGAACCUUUGUGCAAUGCUCCAAAAUCUAAUUCUGCCGUUGCCAGAGAUCAUUGCAGAUUUCUUUUUCUUGGGCACAAUCCAUCAUGUUCUUGCGUGGCAUAGCUUCCACUCGUUUCAACAGUUUAGAAGAGAGAGUGAAGAGUUUUGGAUUUAUAUUGGGGAUUCCUCAAGUGUAAUCGGCACUGAAAUGAGAGGGAGCUGCGUAGGCCCGGUUCCUGUUGGGUUGCUCUCGCUGUGGAUAAUAAAGCACAAUAAAACAGUGAAAGCUCUAGUUCUGGAAACAGAAGGUCAGUAUAUGUCUAUGCAUGUUGUAUAUUAAUGAGUGUUUACAUUCAUAUUCUCCUCAAAUUAAAUUUAUACUGGAGUGUAUAGUAUUCCAUUAUGUAGAUUUUAUUAAUUUUGUUAACUUCUCAUAGACAGCUUGCAAGUUUUGGGUUUUUUCCCCCCUCUGAGAUUUUAUGAUGUAUAAGGUUAAGUUUGCAAAUAGAAUAAAAUGCUGUAUAGCCUUUGAAGUGAUAAAAAUUAUGCAUUGGGGGGGGGCGGGGCGGCUAGGGUUUUUUAAACAAAAACAUAUGUCAUAAUAAUGCUGUUGUAAGUAAUAUUUUCCAUGUCUCUUUUUGCCUGUGUUUUCCCCUCCCUAUAAUUUAGCACACUUACUGUGAUGAAUGUUCAUAGAAUUAUAAAACUGCUUAGCCACUGAAAAGAAACAGUUUUGGGAACCCCCUCCCCCUCAUUGAAUUAUCCAUUUAUUGUAAGAGGAAUUAACAGGAGGGGUGGAGGGGAAGUCGCAAUUUUUCAUUUGUAAAAUUAUACGCCGUUCAUUUUUCUAUAAUUCCCAAUGUUCGCCAACAUGAAAUAAAAUGAAAAAUCAAGCCAUUGAUAAAUCAAA